UAUCCGUUUACUAGGAAGUGGGAAAACAAAGCCUACUUCCUGAAUGUGGAGUCUAAACGAAUUCCUGUUUACUGUCACAUGCAAGCUGCUGAGCUUGGAGCAUGCGGAGGAGGUGGAUGGACACUGGUCAUGAAGAUCGAUGGCACAAAGGUAGCAGCAGCGAUGCAGCAAUUUUAGUAUUCAUUGAUAAUAUAUUUCGCACGUUCAUGAUUAGCUCCAAUCCCUCGACUAAUUCUUCAUAACCAACCGCCGCUUACCAUAUUUGGAAUCGAAGAUCUAAGAAUUAUACAUGAUCGAUUUUAUGGUAUAUGGCCUAUUGUUAAAAACUGACUUAUUGGAUAAUGCAAUUCUAGAGCUAUGAUUGGCUUAGCUAUCAUGGCAUAUGAGCCAUUAGUAAAAUCCAACUAGUGGUCUAUUAUCAAUGCUGCGUUCUGAUUGGUUGAGCUACUACUAGGCAGUAUGUUAUAGCCUACUAGUAGCAAAGAGCGCCGGAUUUUUGGCUGAAACAAGAAUCUCCGAAAGGCGAUUUUUAACUGGGCUGCACAGGGGCUAUUUUUUCUGAGGGGAGGGGGCGGCUAUACACACUCAGGCUACCAUAAAACCUUGUCGCCAACCAUUGCAUGCAACAGAAUCUCAUGUGAGACUGAAACAUAAACUCAUUUAGAACAUUGUACCCUUUUGAAAGAUUUUCGUAACCAAAAAAAAAGAGUACCAUUUUUAAGUGAGUACCAUUUUUAUGAAUAAAAAUAAACAAGUUAGCCAUUAAUUCUAAACAGGAAACAAUUUGCAUUAUUUCCACGCACCCCUCCCCCAAUCCCUCUGUGCCCCAAAAUAAAGCGUGACAGUAUAACGUGACUAAUUUGACGUAACCGGAAAUUCCAAAAAUUGUUGUCCUUCUACGAGCAUAAAAUGCGACAGACUGAGCUGAUUUACACUAGACAGAAAUAUUGUAUUGUAUGAAAACCAGAAGUAUACUAAAACAGACAGUUAACUGCCCAUUGAUCCCGCCUGAUCCAGGGGCCUCACUCACUGCACGGAGACUUUACUGCGCUUUUCACAAACAUAAGAACUCUAAAGUUCAAAAGCCACCUUCACAAUUGUGUUUAUCGCUGCCGUCAAUCAUAAUUACGAUCACAAGCAACGAACCUUGAAACAGAGAAACACAAUAUGGCGUACAUUUGCGGACAAAAAUAAUUGAAAAUAAAAGACAAUUUGAAGUUCAAAAAUUAGACUAUCCAUGUCGAAAUCUCGUCAUAUGAAUUUGAAAUCGCAAUGAACACAGUCGAAAUAGCAUCAUUCGAACUUAAAGUUACUUUGAACAAGUUGAAACUAUAAAGGGAAAACUCGACAUCGCGGAUGUUCAAAUCACCAUUCCAACUAAAAUGCAAAUUACAUGAUUUGAACUUCAAUUCACCUUCUCCACUCUAACAAGCUACUUAAUCGUCAACAAUGCAACCAUAAUCUUCCACAAAAUUCCAAAUUAAUCCUUUAAUUUGAACUUAAAGUCACGUCACAUAUUCGAAUUCAAAAAACCAAAAUUUCAAUUCGAAAGGAAGCGGAAGUAAAAAUACACAGGAACCGGAAAUGCUAAGAGUUUCGCUACACUGUACAUACGGGAUGUUUGCAUAACUGCAAUUUGGCGCGAAAAGAUUUCCCUUCACUCGAACAGCGGACAAUGUGAAUGCGGGUGAGUAGUGGCAAACUUAAACUUAAUAAAAGGAGAAGCGUUAAGGCUUCUGAGAACAAAUUCCUCUCAAUUUACUUUCAGGAAAACAUGAGUAAUUUCAAAACACGCAGGCCUGCAGAAUAGAGAUUACCAGGAGCCCAGCUAGAAUAGUAGAAAAACACCUUUCAGAGAUUAAAUUCUCUGACAGAGAAAUGUCGCUAGCGCAGAAAAACAAAACCGCUCCCAAGAAAAUCCUGCCCUUUGUAACACAAUACAACCCGGCGUUGCCUAACCUAAAGGACACACUCAUGGGGAAGUGGCACCUUAUAGAAAAUCAACCGCAACUGAGAGAAAUCUUUAAGGAGCCCCCCAUCAUCUCAUAUCGUAAGGGAAAAUUCCAAAAGGACAUCCUAGUUAAAGCUAAGCUAUGAAGGCUUUAUUAGAAUUUAUUGAUCCGCGAACUGCAGGAGUCGUGUAGGCAUGUCAACACUGUUAGCAGAGUUGACAAAGAUCUCUCGUGAGCAUCAAGUCGACGAAAUAAAAAUUCAGAAUUAUCAUAUGAUGCUGAGUUUAGAUUAGUUUCUGAUGCCCCUAACAGUCUAACCAGUCCAACGAAAAACUCUUCAUUGUUCGGUAGCCAUCGAACAGCCAUGACGAUGAUCACAUCAGAGAUGAGGAAAACUCAGGUUCCAAGCCUUCCAUCUGUAGACUCGUACCUAGUCGUUACUCGGUUCCUGUGUAUUUUUACUUCCGCCUCCUUUCGAAUUGAAAUUUUGGUUUUUCGAAUUCGAGUAUGUGACGUGACUUUACGUUCAAAUUAAAGGUUUCAUUUGG